AUGGCUACUCACCCCCCAGCAAAUCUUGCCCUUGACGGCGGCGAUCCUCGAAAGCCGUCCUUACAGGCAGGAGAUGGUAUAAGCGGUACUGCAAGUAUAGAGUAUACCAAUAAUCGAGAAGUCAGCUUCGAAGAGUAUAUGUACCAUGCUGCAGUCACGCGGGCCCAGGAAGAGGAAGCCAAUGCUAGAUAUAUAGCCACUCGUGGUCCGCAGACAUUCAAAAACGUGAUUAAGGGAAGAUUCUCUAAAGGCCACGCGGAACAAGACGCAUACGCCGAAGUAGUUGGAUCAAUUUCCAGAGAAACUGACGAGAAAGGCCACGGCAACGAUGCGCUCCAAGUUGCCGGAAAUGGUAGCACCGAAAAUUACGGGAUCACGGAGGCUCAACGCCAGACUGCUAAUCGAGCAUUGAGGACGGCAAGUUGGGGUACCGUCUUCUAUCUUAUUACGACUGACAUACUGGGUCCAACGGGAGCCCCCUGGGCGUUUGCGCAACUGGGCUACGGCCCGGGUGUUGCAUUAUAUACUGUAUUCGGCGCCAUGUCGUACUACUCGGGCUGGAUCCUCUGGAAAAUCUUCUGCGGGCUAGACUCUGAUAGGUAUCCUAUCCGAGGAUACGGCGACUUCUUCUUUCGCAUGUUUGGUCCCUGGGCCCGUCACUUCGUCAACCUCGCACAGGCGCUUCAACUGUUGCUAAAUGUAUCGGUUAUCAUUCUAAGCAAUGGACAGAGUAUCUCGCAAAUCAGCCGCGGCUCAUCUGGAGAGAGCCUGGGUAUUUGCUUUGUGGCAUGUAUGAUUAUAUUCAUGGUCGCUGGCUUUGUCUUGGGUCAAAUCAGAACUCUCCAACGGCUCGGUUGGCUCGCGAAUCUUUCCGUCUGGCUAACGGUUACACUUAUAUUACUAUGUAUGGUAUCCGUGAUAUACGGUCCGAACUAUGCCGCAGUGGAAACGAGCUUCGGCUUGUCGCCGGGUAUGCCGAUUCGAACGUAUGCCGGGACGCCACCUCCGGGAAUGGCUACAGGCGGCGUGGGAUUCGUCGCUUCUUUGAACGGUUUAAAUGUAGCCGUGUAUGCAUACGGGGGAGCAUUGCUGUUUGCAGCUCUCCUGGCCGAGAUGAGACACCCCUUGGACUUCUGGAAGAGUCUACUCGUCGCUGAGAUAUUCAUCUACGGGAUGUAUAUGUUCUUUGGCAUCUUCAUGUAUUCAUACCAAGGUCAGUAUACGUAUAACCCAGCAGUCCAAGGUAUUGCGGCGUACGGCAUACAAACGGCUGGAAAUAUAUUGAGCUUGGUUAGCAACCUCAUCGCGGCCGUGCUAUACAGCAAUAUCGGUCUCAAGGUUGUUUACAUAGAAGUGUUCCAUGAGCUCCUAGGAUUUCCGGAGUUGACAACUAGGACGGGUAAGAUAUGGUGGGCCGCACUGAUUCCGUUAUACUGGGCAAUUGCAUUCAUCAUAGCAGCGGCCGUACCGCAGUUUUCGUACAUCGUCGGUUUGGUCGGCGCGCUCUUUAUCCUAUCUUUCACUUACACCUUCCCAGCGUGGUUAGCUAUCGGUUAUUGGGUUAAAAAGGACGCAAUGAUCGAGGGCGAGGAACGAUUUGACCCGGCGACUGGUACGUACAACUGUGUGGAUCAUGGGUGGAAGCGAUGGAGACGAGGAUUUAUGAGAAAACCGUUCUUUAACGCAUUCAACAUAUUUUACUUCCUCGGCGCGUUGGUAACAUGUGCACUGGGCUGCUAUAGCAGCAUAGUGAGUCUGCGCCAGGCAUUCCAGAGCAACAUUGCCACCAGUUUAUCAUGUACACCUCCGCUUUAA